GGGGCGGAGGCGGAGGGGACGGCGAGCGAAGCGCCGGCAAUUGUAAAAAGGAGACGCGGGAAACGAAGCCGGCGCUCCCAGCCCGCGGAGAGAAGCUUGGCUUGGAGCGCCGCGAUCCCCCUCAGCCGCAGCGGACAGGCCAGCGGGGAAGACCCGUCCCCUCCUUCCCUCCCACCCACCCCCGCCUCCCUGGGAUUUUGCCCGGUGAAGAGGGCUAGGUCGCCCCCCUGCGGCUCGGAAGCCCCGAGGGCCCCGGGAGCCAUGCAAGCAGCCACCGCCUCCAUCCUCGACGUGUCGAGAACGGUGGUGAUCCGCGAGGAGGGAAGCCAACGGCGGAACGAAUCCGCGGGACAGUGCAGCCAGAUAUUCCCCCCUCAUCUUGGCUCAUCACAGAUAAUCUAUGGAAAUGGUACCACUAUUGGCUCUGUAAUUACAUUUAGUUGUUCUGAAGAGCACCAGCUGAUUGGACACGGAGUUGUCACAUGCAUUUGGAAAGAAAAUGCUACACAAUGGACAGCUGACACUCCUUCAUGUAUACCCGUAUCCAAGUAUGAAACCUUUGGAUUUAAAGUUGCUGUGAUUUCUUCCAUUGUGAGCUGUGCCAUUAUUCUCCUGAUGUCGAUGGCUUUUGUAACCUGUUGUCUUAUCAAAUGUAUUAAGAAAAGCGAAAGAAGACGGGCUCAAAGGGAUAUGCAGUUCUGGUACCAGCUCAGGAGUGAAGAGCUAGAAAACAUGCAAGCAUCUUACUUUGGUUUGAAAGGAAGGAAUAGCAACAACAACAACAAAAAUAUUAAAACCCAGGCAGAGUCUGAUGGUGGUAGUAAUGUGGCGUAUGACAACCAAGGCUUCUGCAGCUUCAAAGAAGACUGGAUUAGAGACAUGGCACAAAUACGCUGUUCUGGAGAAUGCGACCUACAAAAUAAAUCAACUAAAACCAGUAUUGCACUUGGUAAACAUUUGGUCCCUGGACAUAAUGGUGGUGUACAGAGCAUCCAUACAGUAUAUGCGGUAGACGUCUAUGGGCAGGAUAAGGAUAUCCUUGGAAAACUGCAUACUCACUUACCUGGAUAAACAGCCUCAACUGUUAAAAGUUGUCCCGGACCAAAGAAAAUUGUGAAUACACAUGCUUACUGAAUGUGCCUUAAAAACAAGAUUAAAAUAAACGUCUUUCCCUUAUGUAUCUGUUGCGGUAAAUGUCUGACUACAGGUAUAAUUUAGCAAAUUGCCCAAAAUAUGGAAAACAAAAUUCAGAUUCACAAAAAAGCAAAAUAAAAUGCAUUUUUUAUAUUUACUAGGGCAGCGCAUUCUUAAAAAACAAUUAGGAAGAAAUUACUUGGAUUUGCACAAGCACAGUACCUCCUUUCAUUAAUGAAGCACAACUUUACUCCAUGUGAGCUUCAGUAAAAGGUGCUGGUGCUUUAUUAAAUGGGAGAGAGGUUGUACUCUGUUCCAAGGCACUUUGGAAUUAUUUUUGAUGUUUGUGCACACCUAUGAUUUAAUAUCAAGCUACCAUUUCUACACUUUGCUUAAAAAAAUUAAAAAGGGAUGACAUCAAGAAAGGAAUUGUAUAUUGUUUUAAUAUGUGCUUCAAUGUUGGCUCUUAACAGUUUGUACCUUUUCUGCAUGUGACCAUCCUGAUGAUAGUGAGGAUGAAUUCUAACUGCAAACUUAAUUUAUCUUCUCUUUUUAUAUAUACCAGUAUAUCAAAAAAGAAAAAUGUAUUUUUGCACAAGAAGAAAUCAAAAUAAAUAUAUAUUUUAAUGAGAAAUUGGUCAAGCAAACAUGUUGCUUCGGUGUCCAGAUUGCAUUAUAAUCUUCCAUUUCAGGUCCUUUAUCAUGUGUCGUGACUAUUUGAACUGUGGUGGUGCAAUGGUUAGAAUGCAGUACUGCAGGCUAAUUCUGCCAACUGCCAGCAGUUCGAUCCUGACUGGCUGAAGGUUGACUCAGCCUUCCAUGCUUCUGAGGUCGGUAAAAUAAGGACCCAGAUUGUUGGGGGCAAUAUGCAGACUCUGUAAAUCACUUAGGGAGAGCUGUAAAGCACUGUGAAGUGGUAUAUAAGUCUAAGUGCUAUUGCUAUUGCUAUUGUUAGGGGAACUUAAAUACCACUUUUCCAUUUACUGAAUGUCACAGCAGCUAAUGUAAAAAUAAAGCAAAACUCUUUUGAAAACGAAAAACCAAGUUCAAGUGCAGCAACCUAAUUUCAAAGCAAAUAAGUGAAAAAAAAUCUGCCAUAUCAAUCAAUUGAAACUGAAAUUACCCACUGGUGGCUUUAAUAAAAAAAAAUCAUAGGGUGCCUAAAAGGGAUAAAAAUCAAGGUUAUGUGAAAAAGAGAGAAUGGC